AACAACACUGCACCUCCUUUUACACAUGUCAAUGUUAUUUCAUCAAAAUAAAGACUUAAAAGAUAAUUUAAGGAAAUCUAAGGAACACAUUUAAUUUCAGUUUAAGUGAGGCAACUUGUAUUUCAGGUAAGUAAGCACCCAAAGCAUCUUUUACAUAUUUUAUUUAGUAUAUAUAUCAGGCUUUAUGUUAGACAUUCUUAUUUACCUGUUUUAUUAUUAUUUAUUUUUUACAUAUGAAAGCCAGUUUCUGACUUAAAUAGUUUUUAAAAUUGAAUUAAUAUAAGUGAAUAAAGUAAUAAGUUUAAGACAUUUUGUUUACAUUAUCAAAAGUGUUUACUUUGCCCCUUUAUUAUUUACAUUUAAUUCCACUCUUUUAUAUCAAUCUGUAGUACCUGGAGGCAUUUUAGUUAUGGUUUUCUGAAAAUAAAAAUUACUAAAACAUUCUAUAUAUCUACAAUGUACACUACAAUUGUAUAAUACAUUGUAGCAUAAUCUAAACUACGUCACCUGUCGGCGGGAAAACGACCUCGUCUAUUUGCGUCACCACUUUUUAACUUGAUUCCUUUAGGAAACAAGCGUAUAUUAAAGCGUACUGUAUUCAGCUAGGCUGUGUUUAACCGCAAAGGUCUAUCUACAUAAGUUAUCGGUAUUGUAAGUGUUGUUAGAUUCGAAAAAUAUUUAAUAUUUUUUCGCUAAGUUCGGUCAUUUUGAGCGUAGCAAUGGCGCCAGGAAAAAUGGCUGUCAAGAAGAAACAGGAGGAAACUACAGAGUGGACAGGAUUGUUCAUGGGUGACCUCAAAACCAAGCAAGAGUCUCUGGUCUUUGUCAAGAGAAUGAUGGCUUUGGCAGUGUCUUCUAUUACUUACAUCAGAGGCAUUUUUCCAGAGGAUGCCUACAGAUCCAGAUAUAUCGAAGACCUGUGCGUCAAAGUUUUACGAGAAGACUUCAACAGACCUGGUGCAUGCAAAGUUGUAAAAUGGAUGAUGGGCUGCUUUGACGCACUGGAGAAACAGUAUCUCCAGAUUGUGUUCAUUGGGGUGCACACCAACCCAGAUGAACCAAAUUGCAUUAUUGAGUCCUACCAGUUCAAAAUCAAAUACACUGACCAGGGCCCAGAGAUGGACAUUCUCAGGAACAACUUGGAAAUGGAGGUGACGGCUGACGUCAAGACAGCCUCGGUGCUGCUCAUCAGGAAGCUUAUCCUCCUGUUGCAGAACCUGGACCCUCUUCCCAAAAAGGUCUACCUCAACAUGAAGCUCUACUAUUAUGACGAGGUCACACCUGAAGACUACCAACCUCCUGGGUUCAAGGAGGGUGAUUGUGACAGGCUGUGGUUUGAGGGAACAGCUGUGCAUUUUAGAGUUGGUGAGGUGCCAACAAACUUUCACAGCCUGAAACUUCAGAUUUCUACUGAGCAAGGCCGGUUGGAGUCAAUUAAGAAGGGGGGCUUCGUCCAAACAGAUACAGUUUUGCAGGGAAAUCACUCAGGUAUCAAGGCUCCUUCUACAAGAAAAUACAGCAAUGAACUGCCAUCUGAAGAUGAGUCGGCUCAAUUCAAGAAACCCAAAAGGCCUACAGCAAAGAAACCCUCGGCUGCCAAAAGUCUGGCAAGGAGGAAAAGAAAAGUUUAGUCAUCACAGAAAAUCUGACAAUUCCUGUGAUUGACAAACAAGUUAUAGUACGUUACACCUGUUCAAAUUUUAACUAAUGUUCCAGUAAAAGGUUUAAUUUAGGGGUUUUAAAUAAACACAGAAGUUUUCAAAAUAGCGUUUCACAUUUAUUGGGUUUUCUUUGUGUACAAAAUAUAUCGUGAAAUUUAGUGCAAAUCUCGUAAUCCUUUGCAAGAAAGGCAGAUGCGGUGCAAAGUGACUCAAUGAUAAUGACGCGCCGAGAGCAAUGACACAUAAGCAAUGAUG